AUGGAAAUAGCAGGACCUACCUUGCAGAGUUAUUAUGAAGGUGAAAAUGGAUCUUGCAGUAUUAGGUACUUACAGUGCCUGGCACUUAGCAGCAAAUUCCCAGAUGCAUAUGAAACAGCUAAGAUGCUAUGUGAACAGUAUUACCUGGUAGCUCCAGAGCUGGAAGUCGAAGAAUUCAAUGCCAAAGCACCAAACAAACCUAUUCAGGUAGUUUAUGUGCCCUCACAUCUGUUUCACAUGCUAUUUGUGUUGUUCAAGGACUCAAUGAGAGCAACGGUGGAACUCUAUGAAGAUAGAAAAGAAGGCUACCCAGCUGUUAAAACCUUUGUUACUUUGGGGAAAGAAGACUUAUCCAUUAAGAUAAGUGACCUAGGUGGUGGGGUUCUACUUCGAAAAACAGAUCGUCUUUUUAACUACAUGUAUUCAACUGCUCCUAGACCUAGCCUGGAGCCUACCAGAGCUGCCCCUUUGGCUGGAUUUGGUUAUGGUUUGCCAAUCUCUCGUCUGUAUGCUAGAUAUUUUCAGGGAGAUUUAAAACUGUAUUCCAUGGAAGGAGUGGGUACUGAUGCUGUCAUUUAUUUGAAGGCUCUUUCAAGUGAAUCAUUUGAGAGACUUCCAGUUUUUAAUAAGUCUGCAUGGCGUCAUUACAAGACCACUCCUGAAACUGACGAUUGGAGCAAUCCCAGCAGGGAACCUAGGGACGCUUCAAAAUACAAAGCUAAACUGGACAAGAUCCACACUAAUAGAACUGUAGAGAACUGAAUGCCCUGGUCCUCUCUGUGAAGAAAGAAUGUCUUCUGCAAGUCGACCAGA